GGCGCCAGGACCUCGAUAUAAGCCCACUUUGACCCAGCGAGCUGCCCUUCUCGCAGGCUGGAAGGCUGGGUGCGCAUUCGGGAGAGCGCGAAGGGGGGAAUCCACGCGUUGGGCUGUAUCCCGCUUUGCAAGAGAUCAGCCCCUGCGCAACUGACGCGCCUCGAACCGCAUCCUUUUAAGCCCCGUUUGUUUCCCUCGCCGCUUUCGAAGAUGCCCGCCAGCCCGGCCAGGCGGCCGCUGCUCUUGCUGCUGACCCUUUGCGUGGGAGCGGGAGUGCGGGGCGCCCCACCCCAGGCGGAGAACAGUCGAAGGCAAGCCCAACAUAUCGUCCAGCCCGCCCUGCCAGCCAGCCAGAGCAAAUCCGGCUGCUAUGAUAAUGGGCAACACUAUCAGAUAAACCAGCAGUGGGAGCGCAUUUACCUGGGGAACACUCUGAUCUGUACCUGCUAUGGAGGGAGCAGAGGGUUUAACUGUGAAAGCAAGCCUGAAGAGGAAGAAACCUGCUUUGACAAAUACACUGGAGCUACUUACAGUGUUGGGAAAACCUAUGAGCGAUCGAAGGACUCCAUGAUCUGGGACUGUACCUGCAUCGGGGCUGGCCGUGGUAGAAUCAGCUGCACGAUUGCAAAUCGCUGUCAUGAAGGAGGCCAAUCCUACAAGAUUGGUGAUACCUGGAGAAGACCUCAUGAGACCGGUGGCUACAUGUUAGAAUGUGUGUGUCUUGGCAAUGGAAAGGGUGAAUGGACUUGCAAACCAGUUGCUGAGCGGUGCUAUGAUAAUACUGCUGGGACUUCCUAUGUUGUUGGAGAGAUCUGGGAGAAACCCUAUCAGGGCUGGAUGAUGGUGGACUGUACUUGCUUAGGAGAAGGCAGCGGGCGCAUCACCUGCACCUCCAGAAACAGGUGCAAUGAUCAGGACACGAAGACAUCCUACAGAAUUGGAGAUACCUGGAGUAAGAAAGACAACAGAGGAAAUCUGCUUCAGUGCAUCUGCACAGGGAAUGGCAGAGGGGAAUGGAAAUGUGAGAGGCAUUCAUCUCUCCAAACCACAGGCAUAGGAACUGGAUCUGCUACCAUCACAGAUGUACAAACUGCACUCUACCAACCUCAGCCCCAGCCUGCUCCAUAUGGGCACUGUGUGACCGACAAUGGCAUGGUAUAUUCUUUGGGGAUGCAGUGGCUUAAGACACAGGGCAGCCAGCAUAUGCUGUGUACCUGUUUAGGCAAUGGAGUCAGCUGCCAGGAAACAGCUGUGACACAAACCUACGGUGGCAAUUCCAACGGGGAGCCCUGUGUCUUCCCGUUCACCUAUAAUGGGAGGACUUUCUACUCAUGCACUGCUGAAGGCCGUAAUGAUGGGACUCUCUGGUGCAGCACAACCUCAAACUUUGAUCAAGAAAAGAGAUACUCUUUCUGCACAGAACAAAAUGUCUUAGUUCAAACACGUGGUGGUAACUCCAAUGGUGCCCUGUGCCACUUCCCUUUCCUCUUCAACAACCGGAAUUACACUGACUGUACUUCUGAGGGGCGAAGAGAUAAUAUGAAGUGGUGUGGCACCACCUCAAACUAUGAUGCUGAUCAAAAAUUUGGAUUUUGUCCCAUGGCAGCUCAUGAGGAAAUCUGCACAACCAAUGAAGGAGUCAUGUACCGUGUGGGAGACCAGUGGGACAAGCAGCAUGAGAUGGGCCAUAUGAUGAAGUGCACUUGUGUGGGAAAUGGGCGUGGAGAGUGGACCUGCAUUGCUUAUUCCCAGCUCAGAGACCAGUGUAUAGUUGACGGGAUCACCUACGACGUAAACCAGACAUUCCACAAACGCCAUGAAGAAGGACACAUGCUGAACUGUACGUGCUUCGGCCAAGGGCGGGGGAGAUGGAAGUGUGACCCUAUUGACCAGUGCCAAGAUUCUGAAAGCCAGACCUUUUACCAGAUUGGGGAUUCAUGGGAGAAGCAUGUUCAUGGUGUCAGAUAUCAGUGCUAUUGUUACGGUCGUGGUAUUGGGGAAUGGCACUGCCAGCCUUUGACUGCAUACCCAGGUUCCACUGGUCCUGUGCAAGUUAUUAUUACAGAUGUCCCAAUUCAUCCUGAUUCUCAUCCUGUCCAGUGGGUUGCACCUGAAUCCUCUCACAUUUCCAAGUACAUUCUCCGAUGGAGACCAAAAAACUCAAAGGUGAAGUGGAAAGAGGCCACAAUCCCAGGCUAUUUGAAUUCCUACACUAUCUCAGGCCUGAAACCUGGUGUUCUUUAUGAGGGUCAACUUAUUAGUGUUCAGCAUUAUGGCCAGAAAGAAGUCACCCGUUUUGAAUUUACCACCUCUAGUACCACAGCUAUUUCAAAUACUCGUGUGACAGGAGAAACAACAGCACUUCCUUCUGUGGUUUCUAUCUCGGAAUCCAUCACAGAAAUUACAGCCAAUAGUUUUGUGGUCUCCUGGGUUUCUGCUUCUGACACUGUCUCAGGAUUCCGUGUGGAGUAUGAACUGAGUGAAGAUGGUGAUGAGCCCAAGUAUUUGGAUCUUCCAAGCACAGUCAAUUCAGUUAGUAUCUCCAACUUGCUUCCGGGUCGCAAUUACAUUGUCAAAGUCUAUGAGGUUUCAGAAGAAGGAGAGCAUGAUCUGAUUUUGUCAACUACACAGACAACAGCACCUGAUGCCCCUCCUGAGCACGUUGUACAAAAGGUUGAUGACACUUCAAUCAUCGUGAGUUGGAGCAGACCAGAAGCUCCCAUCACAGGUUACCGAAUUGUUUAUACUCCAUCCAUGGAAGGCAGCAGUACAGAACUCAACCUACCAGAAUCUGCUACCUCUGUGACACUCAGUGAUUUGUUGCCUGGUGUUCAGUACAAUAUUAGCAUAUAUGCUGUGGAAGAGAACCAGGAGAGCACUCCCAUCUUCAUUCAGAAGACAACCACAGGCGUGCUACAGGCAGGUGAGAUUCCUUCUCCAAAGGAUCUGCAAUUUGUGGAAGUCACUGAUGUCAAAAUCACCAUCAUGUGGAAACCCCCUGACAGUGCAGUGACUGGCUAUCGUGUAGAAGUGAUCCCAGUGAACCGCCCUGGUGAACAUGGGCAGAGGUUGCCUGUUACUAAGUAUUCCUUUGCUGAGGUCACAGAGCUUUUGCCUGGAACAACCUAUCUUUUCAAGAUCUAUGCCUUAGGACAAGGCACAGAAAGCGAGCCAUUGACUGGAGAACAGAUAACCAGACUUGAUGGCCCAACCAACCUGCGCCUUGUCAAUGAGACGGACUCUACUGUGCUGGUGACAUGGAGGCCCCCUCGUGCCCGUAUUACAGGAUAUCUACUUACUGUGGGCCUCACAACAGGAGAACCAAAGCAGUACACUGUGGUGCCAUCAUCCACUCGAUACCUGGUGAGGAACUUGCAGCCUGGCUCUGAGUACACUGUGUCCCUAGUGGCUGUCAAGGAUAACCAGCAGAGUAACCCAGAAACAGGAAUCUUCACAACUUUGCAGCCCACAGGCACAGUUCCUCACUAUACCACUGAAGUGACAGGAACAUCCAUUGUUAUUACCUGGACACCUGCGCCAAGAAUUGGUUUUAAGCUGGGUGUGAGACCAAGCCAAGGUGGAGAAGCUCCAAGGGAAGUCAUCUCUGAGUCUGGGAGCAUUGUUAUAUCGGGUCUGACUCCUGGUGUGGAAUACAUCUACAGCAUCACAGUCCUCACUGACGGCCAAGAGAGGGACUCUCCUAUCAUCAGAACAGUAGUUACACCACUGUCACCGCCAACCAACUUGCAACUUGAUUCCAACCCUGACACAGGAAUCCUCACAGUUUCUUGGGAAAGAAGCACCUCUCCAGAUAUCACUGGGUACAGAAUUACUACUGUCCCUACAAAUGGCCAGCAAGGCUACACCCUUGAGGAACAAGUCGAAGCUGAGCACACAACCUGCAUCUUUGAAAAUCUGAGUCCUGGAGUGGAGUACAAUGUCAGUGUUUACACAGUCAAAGAUGACCAGGAGAGCUUUCCCAUCUCUGAAACCAUCACCCAAGAGGUGCCCCCCCUCACUGACUUAAGCUUUGUUGACGUAACUGAUACAAGCAUCGGCCUGAGGUGGACCCCACUAAAUGCCUCCACUAUUAUUGGCUACCGCAUCACAGUAGUUGCAGCUGGAGAAAGUGUCCCCAUUUUUGAAGAUUUUGUGGACUCUUCAGAGGGACAUUAUACAGUCAGAGGCCUGGAGCCGGGCAUUGAUUAUGAGAUCAGCGUAAUCACACUCAUUAAUGGCGGAGAGAGUGCCCCUACUACGCUGACUCAGCAAACUGCUGUCCCUCCCCCCACUGAUCUGCGUUUUACCAAUGUGGGACCUGACACUAUAAGAGUAACUUGGACUCCACCUACAUCUAUUGAGCUGACCAGCUUUCUUGUUCGUUUCUCACCUGUGAAGAAAGAAGAGGAUGUUGCAGAGCUGACCAUCUCACCAUCUGACAAUGUGGUGGUUUUAACAAAUCUUCUCCCUGGUACUGUGUAUUUGAUCAGGGUCUACAGUGUAUAUGAACAACAUGAGAGUAAACCUCUGACUGGAGAGCAGAAAACAGACCUUGAUUCCCCAACUGGAUUUGACGUCUCAGAAAUAACAGCCCACUCUUUCACUGUCUAUUGGAUUGCUCCUCGCGCCCCCAUCACUGGCUAUAAAAUACGCCAUUACCUUGAGCAAGGUGGAAGAGGACCCAAAGAAGUCCGCAUUGCACCAUCUCGCAAUUCCUUUACUCUCACUGACCUGGUUCCAGGGUCAGAGUACAUAGUUAGCAUUUCUGCAUUCAAUGGCAAAGAGGAGAGCUUGCCUUUGAUUGGACAGCAAAGUACAGUUUCUGAUGUUCCAAGAGAUCUACACGUCACUGCCACUAGCCCCACCAGCCUGGUCAUCUCCUGGGAUGCUCCUGCCGUGACAGUUAGAUACUACAGGAUCACAUAUGGCGAGACAGGUGGCAGUGGGCCUGUUCAAGAGUUCACUGUACCUGGACAUGUGUCUACGGCAACUAUCCCUGGCCUUAAGCCUGGAGUAGACUACACCAUCACUGUCUAUGCAGUCACUGGACGUGGAGACAGUCCUGCCAGCAGCAAGCCAGUCACUGUCAACUACAGAAUAGAGAUCGAUACACCCUCCCAGCUGCAAGUGACUGGUGUCCAGGACAGCAGCAUCACUGUCCGGUGGCAGCCUUCUUCUUCCCCAGUUACUGGUUACAGAGUGACAGCUGCUCCCAAAGAUGGUCAUGGCCCCACGAAGACUAGAGUUCUCUCUGCAGAUCAAACUGAAGUUACAAUUGAUGGACUGCAACCUACAGUCGAAUAUGUAGUUAGUGUCUACGCCCAGGGUCAAAAUGGAGAAAGCCAACCUCUGGUUAAGACAGCUGUUACAAACAUUGACCGCCCUAAAGGACUGACAUUCACUGAGGUGGAUGUCGAUUCCAUCAAAAUUGCUUGGGAAAGCCCACAGGGGCAAGUCACCAGAUACAGGGUGACCUACUCAACCCCUGAGGAUGGAAUCCGCGAGCUAUUCCCUGCUCCAGAUGGUGAAGACGACACUGCGGAGCUGCAUGGCCUCAGGCCUGGUUCUGAGUACACUGUCCACAUCGUUGCCUUGCACGAUGACUUGGAAAGCCUGCCUCUGAUUGGGACCCAGUCCACAGCAAUCCCACCUCCUACAAAUCUGGAGUUUGUUCAGGUUGCUCCAACCACCUUGAAAGCUACCUGGACUGCACCUAAUGUUCGGCUCACUGGAUACAGAGUCAGAGUGAAUCCCAAGGAAAAGAAUGGACCAAUGAAAGAAAUUAAUCUCUCUCCAGACAGUACAUCUGCAGUUGUCUCAGGACUAAUGGUGGCAACCAAAUAUGAAGUCAGCAUCUAUGCUCUGAAGGAUUCUCUGACCAGCAGGCCUGCCCAAGGGGUAGUCAGUACCCUAGAAAAUGUCAGCCCUCCUCGUAGGGCACGUGUCACAGAUGUCACAGAGACGACCAUCACAAUUACCUGGCGUACCAAAACUGAGACGAUUACUGGUUUCCAAAUUGAUGCUAUCCCAGCAAGUGGUCAAAAUCCAGUUCAAAGAAUGAUUGGCCCUGAUGCUAGAACCUACACCAUCACUGGCUUGCAACCUGGCACUGACUACAAGAUUUACAUCUACACCCUGAAUGACAAUGCUCGCAGUUCCCCGGUCAUGAUUGAUGCUUCCACUGCCAUUGACGCCCCUUCCAAUCUCCGGUUCCUCACAACAACCAGCAACUCCGUGUUGCUCACUUGGCAGCCACCCCGUGCCAAGAUCACAGGGUACAUCAUCAGAUAUGAGGCUGCUGGGGGGCAGCCUAAGGAACUGCUUCCUCGUCCUCAUCCUGGCACUACUGAGGCCACUAUCACAGGUCUAGAGCCGGGAACAGAAUAUAUCUUCCGCAUAAUUGCUGUGAAGAAUAAUCAGAAGAGUGAACCAUUGACUGGAAGGACAAGAACAGACGAGCUUCCCCGGCUGGUAACGCUUCCGCACCCCGGCCAAGGCGGACAAGAGAUCCUGGAUGUGCCUUCUGGUGUAGAGAACACACCCUACUUCAACAACAACCCAUAUGACAAUGGAAAUGGUAUCCAACUUCCAGGCACAUCUGGUCAGCACCCUACACUGAGCAACCCAGGCCAAGUCAUUGUGGAAGUAUAUGGGUCUCGGACCCCUACAACUGCAGCAACUCCAGUAAGGCGUAGACCAAGUGUGGAUGAAGAGGCUGGAGUGGUGAGUCGUCAUCCAAUACGAGUACCAGAAGUGGAUGGACCUUCUUAUCCUCAUAACUUUCUGCCCAAUAAUAACACAAGGCUCCAGGAAGCAGUUUCUCAGACAACCAUUUCUUGGACACCCUAUUCAGAGAGCUCUGAAUAUAUUAUCUCUUGCCAACCUGUUGGCACUGAAGGAGAGCCUACAGAGCUAAGAGUUCCUGGCACAUCCUCAAGUGCUACUCUUACUGGUCUUACUAGAGGUGCCACUUACAACAUCAUAGUGGAGGCAAUUAAAAAUCGGAGAAGGCAUAAAGUUCUUGAAGAGGUAGUAACUGUGGGCAAUGCUGUAAGCCAACCAACAGAUGACUCGUGUUAUGAUACUUUCAGUGGCUCUUUCUAUUCUGUUGGGGAGGAAUGGGAACGGAUGUCUGAAACUGGAUUUAAACUCUGGUGCCAGUGUUUAGGCCUUGGCAGUGGACACUUCAGAUGUGACUCUUCAAAAUGGUGUCAUGACAAUAGUGUGAACUAUAAGAUUGGUGAGAAAUGGGACAGGCAAGGAGAGAAUGGACAGAUGAUGAGCUGCACUUGCCUUGGAAACGGAAAAGGAGAAUUCAAGUGUGAACCUCAUGAAGCAACUUGCUAUGAUGAGGGCAAAAUGUACCAUGUAGGAGAACAGUGGCAGAAAGAAUACCUAGGGGCCAUUUGCUCCUGCACUUGCUACGGAGGACAGCAGGGCUGGCGUUGUGACAAUUGUCGUAGACCUGGUGCUGCAACCUCACCUGAAGGUUCUCCUGGUCACACCCAUUUGCAGUACCCACAGAGACAGCCACAAACUGCAAAUACUCAGAAUGUCCAUUGCCCAAUUGAGUGCUUCUACCCUUUACAUCUACAGUCAGACACGCAAAACCGACGAGAUUAACAUCUGCCGACGAAAGUCUUACUUGCCAAGACCAUCCACUCUAGAAUGCUGCUAGAGGAAAGCAGAUCUGUCUUAGGGUGGCCAGAGUCCCUUUCUCAGCUUUUGCUCAACUCACAGUUUCUCCAAGGGAGGCCACUCUUGGAGCGCCUCAAGACUUCUUUUCACAAUGGAUAGCUGUAUAUUGCCUUUUUUUUGCUCAAGGUGUUUCAAUACCAGUCAGUAUUUCCCCCCCAAAAGACAAUUUAUAGUAAUUCAUAAAUUGCUCAGUAUACAUCCUGGCACCCAUUAAGAGAUUGGGGGAGAGGCUCCCCUACUAUAGAGAAUGAAUGAAAGCAAAUCCAAAGUUCUAUGUUCACUUAAUUGUGCAGCUGUCAAUAGGGACUCCAAACCCCAUCACUGUGAUAUUUAAAAAUAUGCACAGUCCUAAUCUUUCUAAAUCACCCUAAUUUCUUUCCCUAGCGGUAUGUUUGUAUUUCGUACUGUUAUUUAUCAACAUUGAUCUCUUUCCUUCCCCUGCCCCCUCCGUUUUUUUCUACAGAAAAAUAUAUUAAAGACACUUAAGUACACCGUUGACAGAGGAAUCUGGUAUCAUUAUGAUCAGUGAUUAUUUUUUAUACUGUAAGUGCCAAAGCUUUUACUACUGUGGGAGACAACUCUUAAUAAAAAGAUUUACAAACCAA